CGACGGUACAAACAACACGUAUGAACAUCAAAAAAUACGUCAUGAAUACGCCCGUUGGAUAUUUUUGUCGUUAUUCGGGUAAUAACCGUGCGCGUAAUUUUAAUACGGCCCCAAGGCCAGGCAUAUUGCUAAUUCAGUCAAACCGUCAAAUCGGUCCAGCACAAAAUAUAGCAAUGGAGGAUACGUCGCAACGAGGAACCGAAGAACUUGUUCCGAAGACCGAACAUUGCUGCGGAAAUUACGAGAAGAAGAUUGAUAUUUCGCUCGGAGGAAAGAGGAUUCGUCGGUCACAGGCGUUCAUCACGGAGGGGCUAGAGCAUUUCCUUGUCCUUCCUUGAUGCCGUGCCUGUACGACGAUAAGUGUUCUCGUUAAGGCCACUCACGCAUCGCAACGGUACAGAUGGUACACAGGUACGUUCAAGGUUGUAAGUGGCGAGCGAGGACAGGGAAAACUCUGAUCUAUGUAUCAUUCUCAGCGUUCCACGU